UUACCGUGGCAUAUUGUUUACAAACUUGCUUGGUGUAGCGAAAAAGUAGCCUCCGUGGAGUGCGCUCGAAAGAGUGGCGGUAUUCCACUUUGUAAAGCUAUGCACCUCGUAGCUUUAACAGCAGUCGCAAGUGCGGUGCUGUUGUCGUCGGUGCUAGUCUCUCUCACAUUGCAUGAUGCUCAGCCAACGCCGUAUAUGGACGAAAUCUUUCACGUUCCGCAAGCACAGAAUUACUGCGCCUACAACGUGUCUCACUGGGAUCCGAUGAUUACUACGCCACCGGGACUGUACCUGACAUCGCUGAUGUUCCUGCUUCCUCUCAGGCUUGUUACGAACACUGAAGUUUGCUCGCUGUUCGCGUUGCGUUGCUGCAACAUAGUUUUGACGCUCGGAAACUUCUACGUCUCAUCGUUGAUUGCGAUCAAACUUGCCGGAGCCGCUGGAAGCAAAGUCCGCGCGAAGCUCGUCCUCUCGAGCGCCGCAAUGUCGUUGCUACCGGUGCUGCACUUCUUCACGUUUCUCUAUUACACCGACCCGGGAUCCGUGCUCUUCCUGCAACUCAUGUAUCUGUACUCCCUGUUCGAUCGUCACCACCUCGCUGCGUGCUUCGGAGCUGUAGCCGUGCUUUAUCGACAGACCUCCGUCGUUUGGGUAUUUAUGGUUGCCGCCUGCAAAGCCUUGGAGAUCGCCGAAAGUGUGUUUUCUGCGAGCGACAACAAACCCGAAGGCCUUUCGUGCGCCGUCGCCGCAAUCGCCUCCGCUCCGAUGAAACAAGCGCGGCUUUUCGCGGACUUUGCGAAGAGAGUGUUGAGCGAGUGCGCGGGUUACGUGGUCGUGGGCCUAUCGUUCGUGGCUUUCGUGCUCGUGAACGACGGCAUCGUUCUCGGCGACAAGUCUUCGCACCAGGCGUGCGCGCACCUGCCGCAGCUCGGCUACUUCGCGCUUUUCACGCUCGUCCACGCCGCUCCGUACUUGUUGCAGCCCGGCAUUCUCAGGCGCUUCUGCGAAAGCGUUCUCCGAAGGCCAUUCUUUUACGCGGCUGUUACGUUAGCCUGCCUUCUUGCCGUGCAAAACUUCACCUACGUUCACCCGUAUCUAUUGGCGGACAACCGACACUUUCCCUUCUACCUUUGGAGGCGGCUGCUGGGCAGGAACGAGCUAGUGCGCUGCUGCCUCGUGCCGUUCUACAUCUACGCAGGCUACGCCAUGUCGCACCAGCUGCGCCAUAAAAAGCUGUUGUGGCAGCUUCUGUUCUUUGUGUGCGUCGUCGCCACUACAGUGCCCCAGAAGUUGCUGGAGUUCCGUUACUUUAUAGUUCCGUAUCUGUUCUUUCGGCUGCAGUUGAAAGACGUGAAGUAUUGGCAAGUGCUUACGGAACUUGUUGCCAAUAUUUCUCUCAAUGUAGCCGCAAUGUGGCUGUUCUUAAACCGCACGUUUACGUGGACGGGUGACCCAGCCGUUCAGAGGUUUAUGUGGUGAUUCGCCAAUUAGUGCUCAAUUUCCAUGUUGUUAUAUUUGCCCAAAAAAGUGAAAUCAUGAUCUCGCCUGUCACACACUUGUCCACAGGCCAACCUGAGUGAUGGAGAAGCUGUAAAUGCUGAAAACUAUUGCAACCCACCAGCACACAAUCACGAUGAGGACAAGAAGGAAGCACACACAACAGUGCUGCUUAUUGUGAUUGUGCACUGGUGGAUUGCAAUGCUACACCAACAAACCCAAGUUUCCGAUAUGCUGAAAAAUAGUCGUGGGUUCCUAUUGCUUUGCAGGGUUGCAGCGAAUGUACAUUCACGCUCAAUAUGACUUGCAACACAAGAGCGCGUGGCCUCACGAGUUCAAAGACUACACAUGGCUUCUACUAUGGCCUUAUUUCCAUAAAUAAAUGCUGUUCUCGCACUUGAGUAUGACCCCAAAUAAGAAAAUAUCAUUUAGCUGUUGAAAGUAAAACAUGUUGAAGCCAUGUGCAAUCUUUGAACUCGUGAGGCCACGCGCUCUCGUGUUGCAAGUCAUAUUGAGCACAACUGUACACGUCAUGUUUAAUGUUUCACGGGUGCUUGUUUGUUUAACGUGCUCUUCUUCUGUGUUAAGUUUGUAUUUGAUUGUCAGUAUAAAAAAACUGCACUUCACUCUGCAAUUCACUCCACAUUCUGCCAUGUGCAGUUACAAAUUUCUGAACUUUGCAUUUGUGUGAUGUAUUUCUGAUGUCUCUUCUUAUCUGCAAAGC